AUGAAUAUGAAGAUACAAAAAUUGGAAGAAGAUUUGGAUGAAGAUGAUUAUGAUGAUAAUAUUGGAGCGACUAAUUUGAUACAAUUAUUGGAUAUUACUAAAGCGUGAGUUUGAAAAACAUUGGAAAUCUAGGGAUGCUGGAAGGGUCCAAAAACCUGUAAAAGUUAUAAAAUUCAGAAUGUUCGGAACAUUGAUUUAUUUAUUUAUUGAAUCAUAUCACAUUAUAUACAUUGAAAAAAAUACAUCAUAAAAUCAAAAUAUUUUUAAGAUGGCGAGAAAUCUGAAAUAAAGCAAACUUUUUAAAAAAUAGCACAAAUGUUCCUACAAAAAUGCUUGUCUUAAUGAUCUUUAGUAUAAACAUUACUAUCAAUACGCAAACACACAUCAAAAUUAAUUUCUGUUUGAUCAAAAGAUCAAUAUUUUCAGAUUUCGACCAUACCCAUUAUUUAUAACAUGUUCGAUGGCUUUUUUAUGGUCGCUUUGCGCACUUUCAGCAAUUUCACCCGCAUUUACAGCGCAAGUUACUGAAAAUUCGGAUUUUCUUACGAUUCAACAAGAUGUGAGUUGGGAAAAAAAUGAGAAAAAUAUUAAUAAGACAAUUAUUUUACAGUUCAAUCUAACAUCGAGUUAUAUAAUUGAUCCGGCUGAAUUUACAACAUCGGUUUAUUUUGCGGGUAAUUUAUUGAUUGGACAGUUUUUUGCCACACUUGCAGAUCGGUUGGUUUUCAAAUUUUCUUGACUAGAAUCAUAACUUUUCCACGUCAUAAAAUUUUUUCAGAUACGGUAGACGUCCUGUAAUUAUUGCAGCACUUUUCAUCUCAGGAAUCGCUGGCUCUUUGGGCUCAUUAGCUUCAAGUUUUCCCCUUUUGCUAUUGGCCAGAUUUUUACAAGGCUCCUGUUAUACAGUAAGUUUCUCUCCCUAUCAGAAACAAUCAAAUAAAACCAAAAAUUCAGCCACUGACAACUGUCAAUUAUGUUUUAUCAAAUGAAAGUAUUCCAAGUCGAUCACAAUCAGUUUCCUCCAUAUUUUUCGGUGUUUCAUGGGUGCUCGGAUAUUGUUUUUUGGCGCCACUUUCGAUUUGGUUUCCAACUUGGCGACUUCUUCAAUUCGCAACUUCUAUACCGUGUGUUGUUAUUGGACUAUUUUUUGUUAUGUAAGAGGUUUUGGGAUUCUGAUUUCUCGAAAAUCGCAAUAUAUUUUUCAAAACAUGUUUGGUAAAAAUUUACAGUUUUUGAAAAAUUUAGGAUACAAAAUGACCAUUAAAAAUAAAACACAUUCUGAAAAAUUCAAAAUUAUUUUUAUUGAAGAAAAAUUUUGAGCCAAAAUUUAAUCUCAGGUUCUUAAUGCUGUUUUAAAUAAAAAAUUUUCACAUGCUCAAAAUAAGGGCCUCAAAAUUUGUAGUAAUUUUUAGAGCGGCCGGAAAACUAGCAAUAACAAGUUCCUGAAAAUUUCAAUUUUAAUAACAUUUUUCAACUCCAUUCUUUCCAGAACUUUGCCAGAAAGUAUUGCUUAUUCAGUUGAACGAAAUCAAAGAAAAUCAGUAGAAAGUUGGAUCAAAAAAGUGAGUUCUUAACUAAAUUUUACCAAAUCUAAUGAAUUUCUCCCCUUUUCAGAAUGAAACAUUUUCUUGCCACAAAAUCCCGGCUGAUAUCGAUCAAAUAUUGGAAAAAGAGAAAAAGACAGGAGCAUCGGAGAACUUGAAAAUUCUUCAAAUUUUUCGAAUGAUUCAUAAUGAUACGGUGAUUAUUCGACGGGUUAUUUUUGAGACAAUUUUAUGGAUUAUCACUUUUAUGACGUAUUGCGCAUUGAGUUUGACGUCGACUACUGUAGGAGAAUCAAAACCGAUUGUUUCGUUUUUAUUUUCGGGUAUUGUUGAAUUGCCUGCUUAUUUGGUUAUACCGAUUACAUUGAAAUGGUGAGUUGAGAGAAUUUUUUUGAAUUUUCAGCAACUCAAAUAAUCUGAAUCCAUUUAGGUGCCGUCGUCGACCUGUUCGAUUUCUAUGCCAUUCAAUCGCCGCAAUUUCCUUAGCCAUCCUAUUUUUCAUUGUUCGCGGUUCCACAUGGCAUUUACCAGUUUGGCUUCUCGCCAAAUUCUGUGCUGCUUGCUGCUAUAUUUUUUGCUUUAUUUAUGCCAACGAAUUAUUUCCAACCUAUUGUAGAUCAUGUCUUAUCGGUGUUUGUUCAACGUUUUGCAAUUUUGGUGCAAUAUUGGCACCGCAUGUUUCAAGUAUGGUGAGUUUUGAGGAAUUUUUUUGGAAUUAAUUUUUAUAAGUUUUGAAUAUUAAAUUUUUAAGCAAAAUUAUCACAAAAACUAUUAAAAUAUGAUUUUUCAAAGUUUCUGAACAACCCUAGGUUAUUGAUUUUUCCAGAAGAAAACAUCACAAUUUAAUUUCAGGACCAAUUUCUACCAAACUUAUCGUUUUUGCUACUUUCUGUCACUGGUAUCAUUUCGGCUUUGUUAAGCCUUGCACAACCCGAGACCAAAGCAUAA